AUGAUGCAACCGUCUCUCGAUAAUUCGUCGGAACCAGUAACAACAGACUUUUGGGCUCACAAAAGUGCUCUAGAGAAAAGAUUUCAAAAAUUUCUCGACGAAGCAACACCAUAUUCCACAUAUCGAUGGACUGCAACAGUUGCACUUUUACUUGUGUUUAUGAUUAGAAUUUUUACAAUUCAAGGAUUUUAUAUUGUCACAUAUGCAUUAGGCAUUUAUUUACUUAAUCUCUUCCUCGCUUUCCUGCAACCAAAAUUUGAUCCGUCAUUGGAGAUGGAUAUUGAAGAAACUGAGGCCGAAGAUGGUCCAACACUGCCGACAAAAGCGAACGAAGAGUUCCGACCGUUCAUCCGACGUUUACCGGAAUUCAAAUUUUGGUAUUCUGCAACCAAGGCCACGAUCAUAUCAUUGAUUGCGACCAUGUUUAAGAUAUUUGACAUUCCCGUCUUUUGGCCAAUACUGCUCAUGUAUUUCUUGAUUCUCUUUGCUAUCACAAUGAAGCGACAAAUUAAGCAUAUGAUGAAAUAUGGGUAUAUCCCAUUUGACAUUGGCAAGCAAAAAUAUGGCGGCAAAAAGUAA